AUGUCCUACGAUGUGUCUCAUCCCAAUGUGGCACUCCCAUACUGUUCAUCCUACUUUCUGAUGAAGAGAUAUCGUAAGAUGAGUACCCUCAUCGAGGUUGGCUCUUCCAAAAUUCUGAAGGAAUGGAAGAUUGUAAAAUGCGAGGAAAAUCCAUCUAUUUGCAUGGACACAGAGAGAAAUGUGUUGGAUCCGAAGGUUGUUAGUGCAGUUAUGAUGAUUGAUGGAAAAUUGUCCAUGAUGAAGGAUAGGAAUAUCGAACCAUUGUCCAAACCUACUUUAGAAUUUGAUCAUUUUGUGGGAAUUUUCGAUGGCCACGUUCUCAUGGCCACACCAACAUCAGAGAAGGAUUAUAUUUAUCAAUUGGUUGAUUUAUCUGGUAAGCAACCUCAGAAGAGUAUAACUCUCGAUCGAAAAAUUCUAAAGCAAUUGUUUCACUGUUAUAUUCCAUGUGAGGAUGUUUCGGAUAGAAAAUAUUCAUUGAAUGGUUUAUUCUAUGGUUGUAACUUUUUCCUUUUCAAUAGAGAAACAAGAGAUUUCGAACAGUUUGCUCUAUCAGACGAAAGCAUGUUUUUUAGUUUUGAAUCAAGCUCAACAUAUUCCGAAUCACAUUCGAAUAUUCCGUAUAAGGAAGGUAAUUCUGUUAGAUCAUUCUUUUCAGCAGAUCAUAGAUUAAUUGAAAUAUUCUUUGAUAAGGAUAUGAAAUCUUUGAAAGCCGACAAUCACUUACCAUGGAUUAAUGAUAUUAUUCCUAACUCAAUUAUUCCAACACAAAAUUCUGGAAUCAUUUUCUUUGGUUCAGAACAAGUUUAUUGUUAUAGACCUGGUUCUCUUUCUAAUAUUCACGAAGGAAAGUAUCAGAAAUCAGCAACUUCUUAUUAUGGAAAAAAUGGAGACACAACAAUAUUGUGGAGUGAAGAUUUAAAGUCAUGUCUAUUCUAUAUUGAUUUGAAAUGUGAAGAAGUAGUUAAGGUUGAUUUAAAUUCAAUCAAGUGGCUCCCUUAUUGGAGUAAGGAAGAAAUUCAAAAGGAAUUUGCUUUUAAAACUCACCAAAUGGAAAGUCAUCCGAAAAUUUCACUUCUCACCAAGAAGGAAAUUAGCAGUGCUAGAAACUUUAGAGGAGAACAUAUUUACAAAAUUAAGGAGAGUGCAAGAAUGUGUGAUUUUCAAAUCGUUUGUGGAAUCAAAUGUAAAGAAAUGUUUCCAGAAUUGUGUAGUGAAAAUUAUCAAGAAAUUGACGUGAAGGAGUUUUCCAAUCAUUUAGGAGCUCCAAUUUAUAGAGGAAAUAAUGAGUAUGAAUUUGGAUAUGUUUUGGAUGUUAUUGAUGGUAAAGUUCACGUUGCAGUCUAUUCAAACAAAUAUCAUUCGUAUCGAAUUGAAAAGUUGCCACAAAAUCCAAAUAGGUUCUUUACCAAAAAGAAUGAAGAAGCUUUUGGAAUUGUUGAACCAAGAAGUGGAAAUGAUUUGCCACAAAAACCAAGAGUUGAUUUGAAGGAUGAGUGGAUUAUCAACAUGAAACGAGAGGAAUUGUUGAUCGAAUCUGGUAAGAUUAAGGUCAUCGAUUUCACAACAGAUAGAGAUUCAGAAAUUAAGCAAUUGAAAUUAUCAGGUGGUGUCAGACAAGUUUUAAUUUACAAUUAUGAACAUAGUUUGGACAAUUCUAACAUCAGAACUGAUUGGGAAACUCCUGGACAUAUAUUUGAUGAGGAUUUUGAUAAUUUUGACAUGGAAAUCAAGCAUGGUUGGCAUGUUUCUGCAAUUGUAGGUUUGGAUCAUGGAAUUGGAUUUAUUGAUGGAGACAAGUAUGAAGAUAAUAAUUUGUUCAAGAAUACCAAUCAAGAAAGUUUAGAGUGGAAGGAUGCAAUUCUGCAAAUCAAGACUGAAAACCAAAAUGAUGAUUGCACCAUGUUUCCAUUUGGUGUUUACUCUUCCACUGCAAUUGGAGAUGGAAUUUAUCCUUGUUUGUACAAGUUAGAUCAAGGAAAGGUUGUUGCUGUGAAGGUAGCUUUUGAAAGGGGUUCCCGAGUGGUCAAAGGGGGUAGACAAGAAGAGAAAAACACCAGAGACUGCUCUGACAUUACCCCAAAGAAAGACAAGAAGAAGACCAAGAAGGAACAAACCAUUAUCGCCAGUACUCCUUCCUCUUCUUCACAACCAGCAACUCCAUCAAGCUCUAAGAGUGAUACCUCUCUUCCAUUUUCAACAGAUUCUCCACUCACAUUCAGUCCACCUGUUCCUCCAAAGAUAGUUGCCUCAGAAAGAAGAGCUUGGGAGUUGACCACCAACAAUAGAGCAAUUGACAAUCUUUUUGAAUUGUGCUAUUCUAUUCCUGAAUACCAACGUCCUUAUGCUUGGGAGAUCGACAACAUUAUGGACCUUCUUGAUGAUGUCUACAAUGAGUAUAACAAGAAUGAACCAGAGAGCAGCUACUUUAUUGGCUCCAUUGUCCUAAAGGCAGGUAACAGACAACAAGUAAUAGAUGGUCAACAAAGAUUGACCUCUCUCUCCAUUCUUUACUCUGCCCUCAGAGAAUGUAUCAAUAAGAAAAAGUAUGAAGAAAAUUUUGAGACAAUUAGCAAAGUUUACUUGAAGAUUCACAAGGGAACUCUGAAAGGUCAAGCAAGAAUUGAGGUUUGCAAUGAUGAAGAAGGUGUAGCAGGAAAGGAAAAGACAUUCUUUAAAAAGUACAUUGUCGAAGAGAAGGGAUUUGCUAACAUUUUAAAGAAGGCCAGUAUGGACGAGGGUGACUUUAAGAAGAGCAAGGUUGAUGAAAUAAUCACCAAGCUCGAAGAAGCAAAGGAGAUUACUUCCACUUCUGCCAUGAAUUGUGCCAAAAACUUCUUGCAUUCCAUCCUUAAAAUCAAAAAGCUUUUCAAGAAACAAGAAGAAAUGGUUGAUUUCAUUCACUUCUUGAGUCACAAUUGUAUUGUUGUUACCAUUACAGUUCCAGAACAUGCUAAUGAACUAGCAAUCUUUGGUACUUUGAAUUUGAGAGGAAAGGAUUUGUCACCAAUGGACAAACUCAAGCUUGAUUUUGGAAGAUUAUUUGGUUGCCACAAUCACCAAAAGAAUCAAGAAAUGGUUGAUUCUUGGAAUCACAUGUAUCAAGAAGUUGGCGAAGAUUUCUCAAAUAUUCUUGAAAACAUUCAUCAAUUGCUACACCCAACAAAGAAUGUGAAUGUUAGCAAUAGAGAAUAUUUGAAACUUCUUGACCAAAUUGCCUCCCACAUGAAGACAACUGUCAAUAUUGAAAAUCUUGGUGAAACUUUCAUGAACAAUUACAUGACUCCUAUUUUCAUUGGUCAUCAAUCAAAGAGUUCAGCAAAUCGUCCUGUAUUCUCCACUAAUAAUGAGAAGAAUCACCUUAUUAACAAGAUGAUCAGCAGAACACACCACAUUGCUGAAAAUUACCUCCCAAAGGCACAAAAAGUGGCCUCAGAUAUAGUCCUAGCAACUCUUAUUGCUAUUGCACAUUGCAAGGAACAUGGCCAACACUUUCUCACCUAUAAUGUCAGUUCCAAGGUUGAAGAAGCAGAUGUAUUGCAAUUAAUUGCAAUUUGGCACAAUCACGUACUCCAAGUUUGCUUGUGUGACUUUGCCAAGGUCAAGUUCUCUUACAUGAUGGCUGAGAUCAGUAAUCUUUUGAACAACAAAGUUGUUGAUUUUAAGGAACUCACAACCAUAUUGACCAAGACAAAGAGCAAGAAAAAGGGAGGCAAAAAGGCAAGUGAUGACAGUGAGGAAUCCAAUUAUUCACAAUGGAGCAAGAAGAUCAUUAGAUUAGCCAAUAAUGACAGCACUGCCCCAUCAAAGAAGAAACAAAGUAAUGAGCUUAAAAAGAUUUUCUCAACUGUUUUACCAAUCAUUGAAGACUUCCUUUCUGAUCCGAAUGCAUCUAAUUUCGACUUGCAAUAUCCUCGUAAUCUCAAGUUAUGCAAUAUCAAACCAUUAUUGGCUAAGAAGAUGGAUAAUUGCUAUCUCCAAAUUGGUAACUUUACUCUAUGUGGUAAAUCAUUCACAAAGGAUACCACAGAUGAAAACAGAUUGAAAUACUUGAAUAAGGAACCAUUGAAUAUCAACAACGAAGUCAAGAAAUUGACUAAUCUCUCAGAUUUCGAUGAAACCAAGUGCAAAAACAGAACCACAAAAAUUGUUGAGUUACUCGAAAAUAUUCUCAAACAACUCGAAAAGAAAAUACUUUAA